AUGCAAUUAUCAUUAUCGAUAUUGACUUCGGUUGCUACGACUCUUUUGGCUUUGACGUCUGUUGUGGAAGCAAAGCCCCACAGUUUGAAGUUGACCAAGUUGUCCAAUGAAGAAACGUUGGAUGCAACGACUUUCCAUGACUACACAACUACAUUGGCCAACAAGUACUUUAACUUAUUUAAUCAAGCUCAUGGAAACCCGGUUCCAUUUGGCGUGCAGCAGAUUUUGAGCAAAGGCCAAGCUGGUAAAGAUUGCGCCAAAGUGCCAUUUGUCACCCCUGAAAAGGAAGGCAAGUAUGAUGCGCCCUUGACCAAUUACUUGAAUGCUCAAUACUUUACCGAGAUUCAAUUGGGCACUCCCGGGCAGACUUUUAAAGUUAUAUUGGAUACCGGCUCCUCUAAUUUGUGGGUUCCGUCUCAGGAAUGUACCUCAUUGGCGUGCUUUUUACAUUCCAAGUAUGACCACGAUGCAAGUUCAACUUACAAGGCCAAUGGCACCAAGUUCUCAAUCCAGUAUGGCUCGGGCUCAAUGGAGGGAUUUAUAUCGCAAGACGUCUUGACAAUUGGAGACUUGGUGAUCCCCAAUCAAGACUUUGCCGAAGCCACCUCUGAACCUGGUUUGGCUUUUGCCUUUGGUAAAUUCGACGGUAUAUUGGGUUUGGCUUAUGACUCCAUUUCGGUGAACCACAUUGUUCCUCCCGUGUACAAUGCCAUCAACCAAGGAUUAUUGGACUCGCCACAAGUUUCAUUUUACUUGGGUGACACCAACAAGGAUGAAAACGACGGUGGCUUGGCUACAUUUGGUGGUUAUGACCCUUCAUUAUUCCAAGGUAAAAUCACCUGGUUGCCAGUGAGAAGAAAAGCUUACUGGGAAGUUUCAUUUGAAGGUAUCGGAUUGGGCGACGAGUACGCGGAAUUAACUAAAACAGGUGCCGCUAUCGAUACCGGCACUUCAUUAAUCACCUUGCCCUCCACCUUGGCCGAGAUCAUCAAUGCUAAAAUUGGUGCUACCAAGUCGUGGUCAGGUCAAUAUCAAGUUGAUUGCGAAAAGAGAGACGAAUUGCCCGACUUGACUUUGACAUUUGCCGGUACAAACUUUACUUUGUCGGCUUAUGACUACAUAUUGGAAGUUGGUGGCUCUUGUAUUUCGGUAUUUACACCUAUGGACUUCCCUAAGCCAAUAGGUGACUUGGCAAUCAUAGGCGACGCUUUCUUGAGAAGAUAUUAUUCUAUUUAUGAUUUGAAAAAGAACGCUGUUGGUUUAGCACCAUCGAAAGUUUGA